GCCUGUUGAUUGACGCACUGCCUGGUUGGUUCCCACUGCGGCUCCACGUCAUGACCGUUAUCACUGCACAUCACGCUGCUGCAAGCAUCGUUGUCGAGCGCGCUGCGUGUACUCGUUACAAGGGUAGACUGCGCCACUGUAUGAGCAGCAGCAGUUUACGAGGGAGUGUAGCCCGGUCGGCUAAUCUACGUAACGAUUCUAAUCGGAACGAUAAUUUCGUAGCCUCACAAUGCGUCAGUGCCUGGAGUAGCAGCGGGAUCAACGGUCCUUAUGACAUCUGUUCAACCCGAAGGUGGGGUCCAGGGAGUGACGCCAUCGCUGACGUGAACGUACACACAAGGCCCCGGAGAAUUGUGACAGCAGCCGCUACGAAGAAGCUUGUAACGGGUACCAGAAAGGCUCGAACAGCUGAGGGGGAUGUGACUCUAGCGAGAUGUGACUGUCCGUGGUGCGGCUUCCCUUCAGCAGCUGUUUCCCCAGGCACCGUUAACAGAACACUUCUUGUAACAACAGAUGGGAGGAGGUUCAGAAGGGGUGUUGCGAGGGGUGAUGCGGAAACACAGGAAGGAAGCGAACAGGGGGAGGGAGGAGAGAGGCAGGGUAGGGGGAGAGGAAAGGGAAGAGCAGGGGGGGAUAGUGGGGGUUGGGGAGAUAGUGGGGAUAAUGGACCAGAGAAGGAAGAAGUGGGCCUGAGCGGCGAAGGGGAGGGGCAGAGAGGAGGGGGGGCGUUUGAAGAAGGGGAUUCCGCUGCCUCCCCUGCUGUGGAGCUGGCGGUUCGGAUCCUCAAGUGCUACAAGAGAGAAAUAUCCCCCUGGAUUCCGGCCUCGUGUCGGUUCGUCCCUACAUGCAGCGAGUACUCGGUCAUGGCACUGCGCAAGUACGGCAUUGUGAAGGGAGGGAUUCUGACUGCUUGGAGACUGUUACGCUGUAACCCACUGGGUCCAUCUGGUUAUGAUCCUCCACGUUGGUUUGGGGAACCCCCUCCUCCCUCCAUCUAGCCCUUUUCAAACGCCGUUGUGUGCAGCUGUGCCCUCAUGUGAUAUACUUUACAUCUAUGCCCUUCUUGUUUUGGAUAUACGGAACCUCCUGCCUCACGUGUAUGUCUUCCAUACCAGCAUGUAUUGUUAUCGAGACUGUUGUAACAGGUUAUCUGG